GAUCCGUCCCUAAAAUUGGUCUUGUUCCAAGAAACCAAAAGAGGCUCCAUGGAGGAGAGGUCAGAGGUCACAUGAAGCGGAAAUUCUGGCUCCUGUCCUGAUUUCGUUAAAAAAGUCUGUCUGCUGACAAUUUGUUACUUGAAAGCGAAGAAAAUGGUCAGCAUCGACAGACUAAACUGGAUAACAAGUGUGCCUGUAGGUAUCCCUGUAUGCCUGCUUGGCAUUCUGGGUAACCUCGUCUCCAUUGGGGUAUGGAUGCGCUUUGUGCGGAAGAGGAUCGGCAGCAGCCCAUCAAGUGCUAUAUAUUUCAUCGCCCUGGGAAUAGCUGAUACGGGACUGUUGGUGUUCUUCCUAUUGACUGAUGGCUUUCCAAAGGCAUUUGGAUCAUCCAUGGCUAAGAGCUAUGCUUUUGUAUGGUUUCAUGCUUAUGUUGGUUUCCCAUUAUUUUUCUUCUUCAUCGUGGCGAGCAUAUGGCUUCUUGUUGGAGUGACGAUCAACCGACUGAUAAUGGUCCGGUUUCCGUUAUUGGGCCGACGCCAUUGCACCGUCAAUCGAACUUGCAUCGCCAUUGGCUGUAUCCUAGCUUUUUGCUUUAUUAUCAAUUUUCCUCACUUCUUCAACUACGAGCCUAUUCACAGCAAGCAUUCUUCCAAAGCACGGAUGAUCCCCACUGCGUAUUCCCAACAGGGUAGUGCAAAGAAUUAUGAAUUUUGGGUGCAUUGCAUGUUUCUGGUUCUGGCUCCUUGGUUCUCCAUAGCAGUGCUCAAUGCAUGGCUUGUGAUCACGUUGCUUUACAAAACAAAGGAAUUUCAAGAACUCGAGCAGAAUCAGGACAAGAUCACCGAAAGACAGAAACAGGAUCGGCAGAUCACGAAGGUCUUACUCACCGUCACUUUUGCGUUUUUGAUCUUAUUAGCCUGGCAAUGUGUGAACCAAUGUUUCUUCAUGCUUCAGUUUGGGAAAGAAGAAGGAUCGCACCAAUGGACAUUUGUUCAGGAAACAUAUGCCUUUGCUAAACUCGGCGUGGUCCUAAAUUCUUCGAUCAAUUGCAUGCUGUACUGCUUCUCUGGAUCAACCUUUAGGAAGGAGCUUCGUCGCUUAGUAACAAGAGCUGAGGAUACAAUUUCUAGACGUACUUCGACGCCAAUGAAGACAUAAGAAAGGAGCUUGCAGGACGAAUAGGAUUGCUGAUUACAAGAAUCUUUCUGUUGAUCAAACUUUUCUUGGCCAGGAGUGAUUUGUUUGUGAUUUGUGUUUAUAUUUGUGAUUUUGUAAGAGGCCACAACCCCCUGCUGUAAAUUAACCAAAAACGCAGACAUAGGUUCGCUCAAAUAGAAAAUGUUAGGCCCAGAAAUAGAUUGUUUUCUCUAAUAUGCUGCCCACAUCGUUAUUAGAGGUUCCAUUCUGAAUUCAUAGAAAUAAUUUAUUGACAUCAAAAACCAUCAAUUAUUGUUACCAUUUCAAGGCUCCCCUUGGGUUUUCAAUUCCUGUCACAGAACAAUAACACAGAAUGACAAUAAUGUGUUGGUCUUUGGAGCCAGGUCAGUAAAAGGGGAGGAUUAGAAUAAGCUAAUGUACCCAUACCUAUGAGGUAUGGAUGAACAUUUAUUUUGGAAAGGUUGAUUUCCCAUGCGUAGACUGAUUUUGAUAUAAAUUUUGCAUUAACUUUCAAAGUUUUGUAAUAUCUUAAGAGUGAUGAAUAAAUUGUUAUUGAAAGUCGUAGUCACGUUGAAAGAAUAAAGAAUAUUUUGUAAUUUGUAAUGCAUCAAAGACGAGUUAACCAAAUUCAAAAAUUCUAAAAUAGAUUUUUGUGACGUCAUCACUUAAGAACUCUAUAAGAGGUCAAAGUUUAAAGGGGAAAUAAUUGCUACUCUGACGGUAAAGCCCCUGAUCUAUAAAAAAGACUGAUUGAGCUUCCCAUUGUUUUAAAACACCAAAGUUUGAAGCCGGUUCAAUUUCAAAAGGAAAAGAAACGUGAGAGCUGCAAUGCUGUGUAUGAGUCCUGAAAAAUAACAAGACCAGAACAGCUGAAGACGUUGCUAGGACUGACACUUAAGGCCGUCUCCUCGCAUGGGCUGUUCUGGGGCCCUCUACCCGGAUGGCGACACUCUGGUCAUAUUAGAAGCUCGAUCCAGUCUUUUUUAUAGAUCAGUGGGUAGAGCCCACAGGCCGUUGUUUAAUUAAUGAUUUGUUUAAGGAUAUUUUGUCAGAAGCUCAAAGUUUUAUUUUGAAUAUAUUUAUAAGUUAUUAUCAAACAUUUCAUGUCAUUUUUAAUGCACAAAAUAUCUAUAAUUACGCUGAAAUUUCAUAUGAUUAUAAAUUAUUUUGAUACAUAUUUGAUAUUAUCUGAUAUUAAAUCAGUCGUUUAUUGAA